AUGACUUCGUCUCAAUCUUGGAAACAGUCAAGAGAUUACGACUCGGACCAGUCUUCUGAUACUGCUUUGGAGGAAGAGAGUUUAAGUUCUCAGGGCGCACUCGACAGUGGGGUGCCAGCGAUGUGGCUGUCGCAGAGUCCACAGCCAGGACCUGCGACGAACCUAAUCAAUCAGAGACCGGGAAGCGAACUGGACGACGGCCUCGAAGUCACUCUAGCCUCCCUGAAUAAACAGUACCAGCGCCAGCAAGGCCCGGCAGUUUACCCAAUCGACGACGAUGUAACAUCUCGCUGCUCCACAUUGGACGGUGAUGGAGAAGAGUUGAAUUACACAGAGAAAAACAUCAGGUCAAUUUCGGUGGCGAAAGAGGAAUCUCUAGACAAUGAGCCUGCAUCGCCGGGACCUGCUCCGCAUAUUCCUGGUCCACUGGAGUCUCAGCUUGCUGCCUUGAUGACUAAACUCAUCUAUCUCGAACACAAUAACCCUACUGUGUCCAUCAAGCCCGACGAGUAUCAAGAGGUGCAGGCCCGUCUCAAAGCAUUGGAGGAAGAGAAGAAACACUGGUGGAAACGGCAUGAAGCGAUCUGGGCAUUGCGCGAUGAAGACGUAGAAAAUAAUAUCAAGAUCCGUGGUAUGCUUGCAAAAUGCCGCCGUGAACUGGAGGCGACCCAAGCUCUCCGUAAUGAAGACUUGAUCAACGUUCAAAUUGUACGAAGCAAGCUUGCAGAAAAGACGAGAGAGCUUGAGCGAUCACUGGCACAAACCGGUCGUGCAAGCCCGAACCGAGGAAGACCGGGCAGCUUUUUCGAACGCCGGGACACUUCAGAUCUCUUCACUGCCGCCAAAGUUGCAGCCCUUGAGCAACGCGCCCUCGAGUUAGAGAAGCGAAAUUCCGAUCUUGUUGCGCAACUUGAAGACUCAAGAAGCGGAAUGAACGUCGAAGAUCUGAACCGAUUGACAGCACAUGAAGCAUGGAAAGACACGGUUGCCGACUUGGAGACAAAACUUAGGGCGAGAGAUGCCGAGAUGGCGCGAUUGCGGCCCAGUUCGUCGGCGGGUAUUGCAAUGGAUUGGUACAGAAUAGAAGCACUACUCGAAGAGCAUGCAGGCUAUCGAGAGGUAGUUGCAGGGAAGUUGCAGGCCCUCAGAUCAGAGAAAGAAACGCUACAGAAAGACCUACACGGCAAAGAGAACGAGUGUCAAGCAUUGGAGCUCAAGGUACAGAUUCUACAAAGAAGGGCGAGCGUCUUGUAA